UUUGAGUACGGCAAGCACCGCGGAAUUACCAACAAAUGUGUUGUGUCGGGUAAUGGUGGCGUAGGCUAAAAUACGCACUGUGAUUAACACCGUGAUUACACAAACAAUUGACCUUAAUUGUGCGUAUCAAGUUAUGACUUGAAGGUACGGUGGACACUCUUCUCUGACAAUGUUUUGGUCGUGAUUGCUCAACAUCAUUUUGGCCUAAUGUCUGUAUGGUCAACAAGCACUGGGCGCAACUCAGUGUUUGCUGCAGAGGGUGCACCAUCUCUCCUCUCUCACAUACCUGUUCACGCACAUGCACAUACUGAACAGCGCAAUAAUAACGGCCAUUGCUUUCAUAGUCGUUCCCACAGUUGCCAGUCAAAGAUGUCACAAUCAGGAGAUGGGCUACAUACUCCGGGCUAUUUGUCUUGGAGGAAAUUGCAACUAAGCAGAGCCAAACUCAAAGCUUCCAGUAAGACUUCAGCUUUGCUUUCUGGUUUUGCCAUGUUCAGGCGAAACGUUCGCGAUGUUCUGCAACCGCAUCAUGACGACCAUUUUCUGUUACGAUGGCUCAGAGCACGAAAAUGGGACGCUACAGCCGCUGAAAAGAUGCUACGAGACUCACUGGAGUGGAGAAAAAUAUGGCAGGUGGAUAAAAUACACGAAUGGGUGGCUCCUCCGAUAUUUGACGAUUAUUUACCCCGGGGAUUGAGCGGGUUCGACAAAGAUGGCGCGCCGACUGUGAUAGCACCUUUCGCUGGGCUGGAUAUGUACGGACUUUUACACGUGAUAUCAAAGAACGACAUGAUCAAAGUAACGAUAAAGUAUUUAGAGCAGUACCUAAAAAUCGCUCAAGAGCAAAGCAAAAAGCACGGACAAAUCGCCAACCAGAUAACAGUGAUUUUUGACAUGGAAGACUUCAAUUUGAGGCAAUACGCAUGGAGGCCAGCCGGAGAACUCGUUAUUGCGUUAAUCCAAAUGUACGAGGCAAACUACCCGGAAAUUCUAAAGAUGUGUUACAUCAUAAAUGCGCCGAAAGUUUUUGCUCUCGCUUUUUCGAUAGUUAAGAAUUUUCUCAACGAGUACACCCUGUCAAAAAUACAAAUUUACAAAGCGGAUCCGGCAAAAUGGAAACCUGCGGUGCUGCGCACCAUUUCAGCCGAUCAAUUGCCCAAACACUUUGGGGGAACUCUGACUGACCCGGAUGGCAAUCCAAGACUGACUACCAAGAUCUGUCAAGGUGGUAAAAUUCCUAAGCACAUGUACAGUAGCAAAGCAGAUAAGGAAAAACUCAACGCAGAUCUGGAAACGGCAACAAUUAAAAAAGGAGACAAACUUACUUUAAACUUUUUAACAGCGGAAGAAGGAAGCUUUUUACGAUGGGAGUUUAGAUCCGAAAGUCACGAUAUAAAAUUUGGAAUUAUUGAGAAAAAUGAAGAGGGAGCACAGUCUGAAGUUAUUCCGCUCCAUCGAGUUCCUGCUCAUGAAAUGGAUGAAGUUGGUGUAAUUACUUGCAAAGCCCCAGCCACUUAUUCAGUUAUAUUUGACAACAGUUACAGCAUAUUGAGAAACAAAAAGAUCCACUAUCUGGUGCAAGUUACACCUCCAUUGCCAACGGUUACCGAGGCACUGACUUUGUCCGACAAUUGAACCAUGUAUUAUAAGUUGACGAUGUUAGUGAAUGUCAUAUAGCUGUCAUGUAACGCAACAUGAAUUCGUGACUGUAGGAGUAACUGACAAACGUUGUAAAUAAUAAUUUUUAUAUACCUAUAUAUAUAUAUAUUCUCAUUUAUUAGUGUUAAAAAUCUUACGAUUGUUAUCAAUUUUCGGAAACCUUUAUAAAUAUUUUUACUUAUUUCGGUGAAUUGUGAUUAAGUUUGAAUUUUACACUGUAAGAACGUUUGUGUUAUCAAUAAAUGAUUAUAUUAAGUUACUCAAAUUAAAAA